CGAUUACCUCUGUUCACUUUGUAGUACGACUUGUUGACCAAGUAACCCUCAUUUCUUCGUACAUUGUCGCAUCCACGUCUAUGAACGUCUCGGCUCGAUAGAAUCAUUCUUUAAUCGAUUUCCUUCAGACUCUUUAAUCCGCGCGGCUAUAACCACAUCGUACCGACACGGUCUAUGCGAUGCGUGCACCUCUUACUUUAGCAACCCUGGCGGUUACUCUCGGACCAGCUCUCGCACUCAACAAAGGCACACUCGGCUUCGCGUUGGGUACGAAGCACGCCGAUGGUUCCUGCAAAUUUUCAAGCGACUACGAGCAGGACUUUGAUGCCAUCAAACAGAGCAGCGGCAGCACUAUUGUUCGUGGAUAUGCUGCUAGUGACUGCAACUGCGCGCAACAGAUUCUUCCCGCUGCUCAGAAGAAGGGUUUCAAGGUUAUUCUAGGCGUCUGGCCGGACACGGAUGCAUCAUAUGAAGCAGACAAGAGCGCCAUCCAGCAGUAUGCAGAACAAUACCCGAAUCAGGUUUAUGCUGUCACUGUCGGUUCGGAAACGCUAUACCGUGGCAACUUCACAGGCCAGCAGCUUCUCGAGAAGAUUAACGACGUAAAGAGCGUCGUUCCUACUGGAGUUAAAGUCGGAACCGCAGACAGCUGGAACAAGUAUGCAGACGGCACGGCAGAUGCGGUCAUCAAAGGCGGUGUCGACAUACUUCUAGCCAACGCCUUUUCAUACUGGCAAGGGUCGCAAGUAGGGCAAGGCGCAACUUACACCUACUUCGACGACAUGCAACAAGCUAUUGGCCAUAUCCAGACCGUCUCCGGCAGCUUAGAUGCCAUCGAGAUCUGGAACGGGGAGACGGGCUGGCCCACGAAUGGCGGAACGAACUACGGCGCUGCAACAGCAAGCACCCAGUUAGCGAGUCAAUUCUACAGCCAGGCGGUAUGCGGGCUCCUAGAUUGGGGCGUCAAUGUCUUUUACUUCGAGGCGUUUGAUGAGCCCUGGAAGCCAACUUCUAUUGGCGAUAACGGUCAAGCUCAGGAUGAGACGCACUGGGGUGCCAUGAAUGCUGACAGGAGUAAGAAGUUCUCGUUGCAGUGUUGAGCGGCUCGAAGUGGCGCUGGCGCACUUCAGCUGGACUAGCAAGGCGUAUGAUGGUUGAUGCUUUUCUGCAUCUGGAGCUGCCUCUUGGUUUGAUGAGUCCACGAUUUGAACGAAACGCAAUUGUUCGAGA